GGUCAAGUCCACAAGAUUCGAUGAAGGCGAAGCUCAUGUUUAUCAUGUCCAAGGAAUACCAGAUAUAUUUACUCAUGUAGGUCGUCCAAGUAGGAAAAGAAAAGAAGUAUGGUUUUCUGAGAAAGAUUAUCAAUGCGCACAUGCGUAUGUUUUGUGCAACUGUGAAUAUUUCUGACCAUAUGAAAGGUAAAAUCUUUAGUUUCAGUUAAAAAAGUAGUUGAGUAGUGAAUAAUAUUGUAAAAAAAUAUUCAUUGCUGUGUAAAUAUUUUUUCUUUUUGGUUUUAGGUUAUUCGAAGAACAAAUUCGUUUUCAAUAUCCAGAACUCUCUGAAGAAGAUAUUUCAAGCAAAUGCGAUGAAGAAUUUCCUACAUGGAUUAGAGAUUUUGUUGCUUCAACAAUCAACUCUAGUGGCGCUGAAUCUUUUCCUAUAUGGGUUCAAGAUUUGGUUCAAGGUCCUCUGAAUAAGGCAUCAACUUGGCCCAUCUAUUUCACAAGAGGCUAUUUGUUUCAUACUCGAAAUUAUGGACAGAGAAGAAAAACAUGCAACUAUGGAAUAUGUAUCAAAGGAGCAAACUAUUCAGAUGCAUCCGAUGAAGUUGAUUUUCAUGGGACCUUAACAGAUAUCAUACAACUUCAAUAUCCAGGAUUGGUCAAUUUAAAAAUUACACUUUUUAAAUGUGAGUGGUAUGAUCCUACGAUCGGUAAAGGCACACGAAUGAGCAUGAAUGGCAUUGUUGAUGUCCUUGCUUCAGGAAAAUAUAACAAAUACGAACCGUUUAUUCUAGCUUCUCAAGCCGACCAAGUUUGUUAUAUUCCGUAUCCAUACAUCAAACAACCGAAAAAGUUGUGGGUCAAUGUUCUUAAAGUCAAUCCAAGAGCAAAUAUUUAUGGAAAUUAUAAAUCUAAAGAGCCAACUCUGCUACAAUAGGAAACUGAUGAUGAUGCCAUGGUAACAACAAUUGAAGAAAUUGUAGUUGAUCAUUUGGCAGACAAAAGAAAUCUGUUUGAAGAGAUUGAUUUUGAUGCUGGAGAUGCCGAAGUAGAAGAUGAAUUUCAGUGUAAUCUUUCAUCUUCUGAUGAUGAAGAUGGUGAUGAAGAAUAAUAUUUGUCUAGUCUAUUACCAUGUAUGUUUAUGUAAGAUAAUAGAUUGUGUUGAACUUAUUAUUUAUGAAUAAUUAUCGUUUCCAACUAUUUUGUAACCCGGAGUCACAAAUCAGUGACAAAUUUUCAGACAUACAUCAUUAAAACAUUUGUGACUUAUUUACAACUACUUUAAUUAAGGUAGUCGCAAAUUAGUUACGGAUAGUAGUAAUAUUAAAAUUUACGUUAAUUAGAUUGAUCAUAUGCACUUAGUAAACUAACAAACGAAAACAAUAAAUAUAAUUUGAAUCAAUUUGAAUAAUACUAUUUUUAUGUAAUGUCUCAUGGUUUAGUAAAUAUAAAACAAAUUGCUUUUGCGAUAUAGGGUUAAGUGCAACUAAUUUGACACUAAUUUGUGCACAAGCGUGGCAGUUUAGUUAUAAAACGGGGCUUAUACAGUUGUUUUGUAACAUAUUUGCAACUACAAAAUUUAUUGUCAUUGCUCUAUAGUUGCAAAGUUUUUACUCUAAUAGUCUAAUAAACCAAAUAAAAUCUAUAUUGCUUAACAAGUUUGAGUUUAUUUUAUAAAAUCCAGAGAUCCACAAAUUCACAAGAACUAAAUAUUACUAAUUUCAUAAUAAUAUAAUAGCAAAUAUUAUAAUAUGUUACAACUUUUUCUUAAAAAGGCUCCAAAAUAAUAGCAAAAUAUUUUUCUUAAUAUUAUAGUUUAUUUUACAUAAGAAAAUCAACCAUAGUUCAUUAGAAAGGCUCCAAAAUAAUAGGAUAUUUAUUAUAAUUUGUUACUAAUUUGCAACUAGUUGUUAGAAGUAGUUGCUCUUUGGUCUCACAAAUUUGGCUCCAAAAAUUUAUCCCUAAAUUUUGGCUAAUUUACAUUAACCCGCCUAAUGUUUUGAGAGUAAAUAUUUUACCCACCCUAAUACCACUACGUUUAAUACAUUUAUAUUAAUAAACCCUUAAUCAACUCCCCUUUCUUCUAACCUAAUCUCUACUCACACAAAGGUCAAGAUGUCUGGAAUUGGUAGAUCAGUGAAAGGUCGCGGUGGUGGUGGUGGUGCGAGUCGCAGUGGUGGUCGUGGUGCCACUCGUGGUGGGAGUCAAGCUGGUGGCGUUUGUAGCUCUUCCGGAAGAAUUUACUUCGCCUCGAACCCUAGCACUUCUAAUUCAAGAGACUCGGUGUCUGCCCCGGAGAAUUCACCGCCGUCAGAGACUCUGCGUCAGUCCCCACCCGUGUCUGCUUCUUCACCGACUCGUGAUGGUUCUUCUUCCCCGACGGAACAGCACCCGCAUCAAACUCAAAACCCACAUCCUCCUCCCCCUCAAAAUCCGAUGACUUUGGAUGACCUGCUUGCAAUUCCUGGACGUGAAAACCAUCUUCCAGUCUUAUCUCUAGUUCCAAAAGAGGGAAGUACUUGGUUUGAUCGUGAUGGUGGGAAGCUGACUCGAAAAAUCUCAAAGCUCUUGAAAGCUAAGUUUGAUGAUGUGUAUUACUACUGCUGGACAGUAACGCCUCCUGACAUCCAACGUCGCUAUUUUGAAGACUUUGCGGUAUUAUUAACAGAUUUUUAUGUUAGAUUUGCUUACUACUUACAUACAAAUUUGUUGAUGUGUAGCAAGGACACCACUGGGAUCGCUCGAUAACCACACUUGUACGAGAUGAGUUUGAAAUCAUCUGUAUUAAUCGGAUGAAAGGAAUGGUGUGUCAAGCAAAGAGGAAAGGCAUACGACCAGCUUGGAUUGGAGAUACAUUGUGGGAAAAAAUGUGUGCUUACUGGGCCACUGAUGCAGCCAAGAAAAAGAGUGAAACCGCAUCAAACUCUCGGAACUCUGACCGUGGUGGACUUGGGCCAUUCAAGCACUUCGCAGGACAAAUGUCCUUCUUACGGAUUCAGCAAAAUAUGGUAACAUACAUGAACAAUAACUUUGUAAAUUAUAAGGUUUCAUAUUUAUUUGUUUCAAGUUCAUUUUAUUAUUGUAGGAAGCAGAAUAAGUAGUUGCCAUUUGUAUAAAACAAAAAUCUUAAGUAUUUUGUAUUUUAAAGUUUAAGGAAUUCAAUGGAUGUUCCAAAAUUAGUAUCAAAACUAGAUUUUAUUAAUAUUCUACUUUCAGAUUAUAAUUUAGCAACUAAAUAUACAAAUAAUGUUGUUACAAAUCAGUCAGCAUAAUCCCAACUAUAUUGCCACAACAUUACAAAUAAUAUAGUUGCAAAUCAGUCAUUAUAUUUUGUGACAAUUUUGCAACUCUCAAAAGUGUGUAGUUGCAAAUCAGUCGCUCUACUUAUAACAAUGCAGUUGCAAAAUAGUCGCUAUAUUUUGUGACUUAAUUGAGACUACCUAAUAUUAUACAGUUGCUUAUAUGUUACUAAUA